GAUUGAGGACAGAGGCAAUUAUUAGUCUGUUUCAGAAAUAGGGAAGGGGUUACAGUGUGGCUGCAGAGCGCUGAGCUGUAGUUAUUGAUGGGGACUGAGGGAGCGGAAGCUACUGGUAAUGUGGCUGUUUGAGGUACAGGAGGAGAAUAGCGUGAGUGCAAGUGCUGGUGUGGCUGGCGCCGAUGAUGGUGAUUGAUCGUGUGUGUGUGGUGAGCUGCCGUACAGGUGCCAUAAAGGUGGUCCCUGUGAUCAGUGCCUGGAAAGUCACAAUAGUUAGGUUGCAGUGUCUGGGAGUUGCUUGCUUCUUCUAAGGGUAUAAUGGCAGUGUAGUUAUUGACUGAGAAAGUGGUAGCGAUAGUAGAGGCCUGUCAAGAGUUUUGAUUUAUUUGUUUGGGCGAAGAAAUAAAUCUUGCCCUCUGUAAAUGUUUUCCUGCUGGUUUAAAAUCUGCAGUUAAUUCCUCAGUCCCCCCUUGUGUUCAAGAAGCAUGUAGGCAUGGCACUUAGGGACAUGCUUUAGGAGGCAUGGUGGUGUUGGGUUGGCGGCUGGACUUGAUGAUCUUAGAGUUCUUUUCCAAUCUUAAUGAUUCUAAAUAUGUUCCUUUCUAUCCUGUGUGUAUUUUCUACAGUUUGCAAAAUCCAGCAAAUCCUUUAUAGUAUUUUUUUUACCUUGCUGUGUACCUUGGAGGGUUUCUCCUUGCUCCCUGCACAGGAAGAAUUUCAUAAAUAUAUCAGUGGAGCUCACCUGGGGCUGGAGUUCCAAAAAAAACCCAAAACCUUUCCAAAGUACAGCUACCCAAAAUGUUUCACUUUGUAUCCAGUUUUAAGCAGGGGAUUUGAUUAUCCAUUUAGUGGAAGGGAAAGAAAUAAAAAAAAAAAUAAAAAGGAGGGAUCGGUGCAGUGAUCUUCCAUUUCUGAGGAAAAUUGGUAAAAUAAACGCCCAAGUGAAAGUGGAGUCAUUACCACCCCAGUUAAUUCUGCGCUGAAGAAGAAUGACAGAUUCUUUUCUAUACUUAAAAAACCUAUCCUAGACUUGUGCAUCUGGGCUGGAAAUUUUCAAAAGGCCUAGGGGAGCUAAGUACCUACCUUCCUGUCUCAGUGAGAUUUUUUUUUUCUUAAUUCACUUGGCCUUUUUUAAAAAUCUCAGUCUUAUAACAGUCAUGUGUAGGACUUUUAAAAGUUUCAUGAAAAAUAUUGUAUUUAAUAAACUGAAGCUUAAAUUGAGUUGGUAUCUGCAAAGGUUGUGUGUGAAUAUUAAGAACUUAAUAUGGCUUCAGGCUCAAGUGGAUGCUCAAGUGCAAAAGUUUUUUUUUUCUUGGAUGGUUAAAUGUCAGUAAGGUUUACUGCAGUCAUGUGGUGAUACUGUGGCACAGGUGUGAUUGUGCUGGAAUUCCACAGUAGAAAUAUUUUACUAAUGUGUAGCAACCAUUAAAACUUUGAUCUGGGACUCUUCAGAAGUUCAAGAUAUUGCUGGAGUCAGAAUUUUCCAGGUUUCUGUGAAUGGAAUCAGCUGUGUCUGCGACAUAAAUAAUCAGGUGGUGCAAAGACAAUGAUUGACAGCUCUAGACGAUUGUUCCCAUGAGUAUUAUGAACUUUUCUUCAGCAGCAGAACAGGCAAAAUCUGCACAAGCAGUUUUCCAACAGAGUGGGAGUAAAACUCCUCUGGAUAAAACAUUACGAAAAAGAUGUUUCAAGGUCUAAGGAGCUGCGUGGGGACAUAGACUCCAAGAUCUAACUUCUAGGCCAAGCACAGCAAAAAGCAUGGAAGAGAAGAAGAAAGAGGAGAAACCAGAAGAGCAACUUACAGACCCUGAAUCAGCUUUUCCAGAAGCCUUACUAGAAUUUCAAAUUGAGGCAAAAGAAGCAGCAAUUGAUCAGGUUUUGUUUGAUCUGAAACAAGUAGAAAAAAAGAACAAAGAAUGUCAUAAAAGGAAUGACCUUCUGAAGGAAGAACAGCAGGCACACAUCAGGCGCAUACUAAGACAAAUAGAAGAAGAGGAGAAAGAGCAAGAUGAAAAGGAGGUUGUAACUAGGGAUGAUGUGGAAGAGUCACUGAAAGCAAAAUGGCAGUAUGUUAAGGACAAAGAACAACUUCUGAAAGAUCUGCACUCCCAAAUUGAAGAAACUGGCCAAAGACUUUUAGUAAAGCAGAGGGAGAGGGAUUAUUGGUUGGAGUACCAAAAUGUAGGAAGUAAAACACAGGCCAACAAGAUUAUGAAUCUGGAAAAAGACAUCAGGGAAGUCAAAGAUGACCUUCGUAGGGCUACAGAAUAUUACAGAAAUGCUUUGAAAGCAGUGAAAGAAGAAAAUGACAGACUGGUUGAGAGGCACAUGAAGUUAAGUAAGGAACAGGCCCCUGAGAAUGCUGUAAGAUAUUUAGACAAAAAGAGUCGCAGAGAAAUUGAAGAGAAUGAAUGGCUGAAAGAAGAGGUUAAGAUGUACCAAAAGGAAGUAAGUGAUUUGAAAGCCUCUAUUCAGCUCCUGGAAGAAGAAAAUAUCGGUUUAGUGACAAAAUUGAUUGAUAGCAGACUUCAGAAUCUGAGAAUACCCAGGCAUUCCUUUCUUACCAAGGCAGGUGGCUUGCAAGAUGAAUUUCCUAAGGACGAAAUGAAAGAAGUAGAGUAUAGAGAGUAUGCAGCAAAGACAGAUGGAGAUGAAAGCCUCAGAAGUGCCACAGUCCUCUGUCAGAAAAAAAAAGCCUGUGCAAAGAUUCAGUCUAAAACAGAGAAUGAGAAGCCUCAAGGCAGUGAUGAGGAGCUGUGGGAAAAGUCAUUCACUCCAACUCAUGACAGCUUGUUGUAUGAAGAUGAAAAAGAUUUCCAGGAAUGCUUAAAACUGGGUCCUCUGGAGACAGAGCUCCUGUGUGUGGUUGGAAGAGCCAUGCCUAUUCAUAAAGAACCAGAAGAAAUGCCAGGUGGGAGCCACACAGAAGAUGGCAUUACUGGUAAAUCAGAAGGGCACAUCACAGCUCAGAUGAUCAAAGCCUUAUCUAAAGGAAAGGCUCAAACGCUCCUGCCCAGCAGGUGUCUCCUGGAGUUGCAGGCGAGUGGAACUGUUCUCUGGGCUCCACUGCCCACAGCUCCUCAGAAACCCGGCUCGCAAGCAGACAUGUAAAGCCUUCAGGACAAGUUUGGAAGAGGGAAGUUCUGUUCAUACCCCAACUCGCUGUGAUGCAGCCGAUGGCCCGAGCGAGCUGUGCAAAGCUUCGCCGGCAUGAACUGCUGCUGGAAGAUUAGGGAAGGUACCUCAAUAAUGUGUUUGGUGUAUUUAUACUUCUCAGCCAGUUAUAAACAGGUGAAGUUUAUUGUCAUGAAUAUUCUGAAAAACUAGAAGAUCGUGAAAUAUCCUAGUCGGUGAGGAAUCCAGCUCUUAAUGAGCCAACUCAUUACCGUGGAAC